GCCGGGCCAGGCCUCGCUGACCCCGGCCCCGCGCGGCGCCUCCGCGUUUCCCCCCGGCCUCUCGGCAUGAGCGCCCGCCCGGGCCCGGGGCCGCGGCUGCCCCAGUCCGGCGGCCGGCGGGCGCGCUCGGGGCGGGCGGGCCCGCGGUGCUGAGCCGCCGCCGCCGCCGCCGCCCCCGACCCGGGGCGCGGCCAUGGAGGUGGUGGGCGACUUCGAGUACAGCAAGCGGGACCUCGUGGGACACGGGGCCUUCGCCGUGGUCUUCCGGGGGCGGCACCGCCAGAAAACGGAUUGGGAGGUAGCUAUUAAAAGUAUUAAUAAAAAGAAUUUGUCAAAAUCGCAACUACUGCUGGGGAAGGAAAUUAAAAUCUUGAAGGAACUUCAGCAUGAAAAUAUUGUAGCGCUCUAUGAUGUUCAGGAAUUACCCAACUCCGUCUUUCUGGUGAUGGAGUAUUGCAAUGGUGGAGACCUGGCAGAUUAUUUGCAAGCUAAGGGCACGCUGCGCGAAGACACCAUCCGCGUGUUCCUGCUGCAGAUCGCGGCCGCCAUGCGGGUCCUGCACAGCAAGGGCAUCAUCCACAGGGACCUCAAGCCGCAGAACAUCCUGCUGUCCCACGCCGGCCGCAGGAAGUCCAGCGUCAGCGGCAUCCGCGUCAAGAUUGCGGAUUUCGGGUUUGCUCGUUACCUGCACAGUAACAUGAUGGCUGCCACGCUGUGCGGCUCUCCGAUGUACAUGGCUCCCGAGGUUAUCAUGUCGCAGCACUACGACGCCAGGGCCGACCUCUGGAGCAUCGGGACGGUGAUCUACCAGUGCCUCGUUGGGAAACCUCCUUUUCAGGCCAAUAGUCCUCAAGACUUGAGGAUAUUUUAUGAAAAAAAUAGGAACUUAAUGCCUAGCAUCCCCAGAGAAACAUCGCCUUAUUUGGCUCAUCUCCUUUUGGGUUUGCUUCAGAGAAACCAAAAAGAUAGAAUGGACUUUGAGGCGUUUUUUAGCCACCCUUUUCUUGAUCAAGUUCCAGUGAAAAAAUCCUGCCCCGUGCCCGUGCCUGUGCCCGUACCUGCCGGUGCCAUCCCGGGAAGCUCCUGCGGCAGCUCUCCGUCUUGUCGUUUUGUCUCUCCACCAUCCCUUCCAGACACGCAGCAUAUUCAGGAGAGCGCGUCGUCCCCACCGCCGGGCGCCGCCGGCUUUCUGCACCUGUCCAGAGACUCUGCCAGCUCCAGCAGCAAGAACUCCUCCUGCGACACGGACGACUUUGUCCUGAUUCCGCACAGCGUCUCGUCCGAGCACCCGCGUGAGGCUCCUUUCCGCUCACACUCGCUAAGUCUCUCCCGUUCCUCCCGGACGAGCAUUUUCAGCCCUGACGGCACGCGCUCUGCGUCGUGCUUCUUUUCACACAGACACUGGAACGAAUUGGUGGAGGUCCCAGAGUUAGAUACCCGCCUUCCCACAAUGUGCUUAGUCGGCAUCUGCAAGCCUGGAGCUUUGGGCUCUGAAGAUGACAUGCCAGUGGGAACUGCUGGCAGGCGCGCCUCUAAUGAGUUCUUGGUGUGUGGAGGGCAGUGCCAGCCCAUGGUGUCCCCGUACAGUGAAGCGGCACCUGUCCCAGUCCCCACCCAGAUAAGGAACUACCAGCGCAUAGAGCAGAACCUCACGUCCACCGCCAGCUCCGGCACAAGUCUGCACGGCUCGCCGAGGUCUGCGGUGGUUCGAAGGUCUAACACCAGCCCGAUGGGCUUCCCCCGGCCGGGCUCCUGCUCCCCGGCGCCGGCGGACGCCGCGCAGACGGUCGGACGGCGGCUCUCCACGGGGUCUUGCAGGCCGUACUCGCCGUCCCCGCUGGUGGGCGCCGUGCCCGAGCCGCCGAGUCAGUGCUGCUGCGGCCACCCCCAGGGCCCCGAGACCAGGAGCCGGAGCGCCUCAGGUUCUCCGGUGCCGGCUCCGCAGUCCCUCCCGCUGGGCGCCAGGCUGCAGAGUGCCCCCACCCUCACCGACAUCUACCAGAACAAGCAGAAGCUCCGAAAGCAGCACUCGGACCCCGUGUGCCCGCCGCACGCCGGCGCCACAUACAGCUGCUCGCCGCAGCCCGGCCGGCCUGGCAUCCUCGGGACCUCGCCCACCAAGCAUGCAAGCUGCUCUCCGCGGAGUUCUGACUGGUUCUGCAAGACUCCUUUACCCACAAUCAUUGGCUCUCCUACCAAGACCACAGCUCCUUUCAAAAUCCCUAAAACGCAAGCGUCUUCCAACCUGCUGGCCUUGGUCACACGUCCCGGGCCGUCGGAGGGGCCGUCCAGAGACGGGAAUGACCCACAGGCGGGCGCCCCCGGUCUCUCGGGACAAGGAGGCGAGAGGCGGAAGGCGGCCGAGCAGCCCAUCAAGGCGGUGUUUGGCAGAUCUGUCAGUGCCGGGAAGUUAGCAGAUCCGCGCGUCAGAGCACCUCUGGGUGGACACCUGGGCGGCGCGGACAGUUUAAGUGCGGAGCGGCCAAUGGAUGUGGCCCCUGCGGGCGCCUGUGGCGGUGCCCUGGCGCCGCCGGUGGGAAUGGCAGCGGGUCCCAGGGCGGCGCUGUUCACGGUCGGGUCCCCUCCGCACGGCGCCGCCGCCCCUGCCUGCGUGCACGUGGCCCUUCGCACAGGACCGGCCUCAGGAGGCGCCAGCAGCGCCGGAGGCUCCCUGUGCUCCGCCAGCGGCCGUGUGUGCGUGGGCUCCCCGCCUGGGCUGUGCGUGGGGUCUUCCCCCCCCGGAGCAGAGGCCGCUCCCAGCCUGAGACACGUGCCUUAUGGUGCUUCUCCCCCCAGCCUGGAGGGGCUCAUCACCUUUGAAGCCCCUGAACUGCCCGAGGAGACGCUGAUGGAGCGGGAGCACACGGACACCCUGCGCCACCUGAACGCGAUGCUGCUGUUCGCGGAGUGCGUGCUGGACCUGACGGCCGGGCGCGGGGCCAGCCCCGAGCUCUGCGCGUCCGCCGUCUCCCUGUACCAGAUCCAGGAGAGCGCGGUGGUGGACCAGAUCGGCCAGCUGAGCAGGGACUGGGGGCGGGUGGAGCAGCUGGUGCUGUACAUGAAGGCCGCGCAGCUGCUGGCGGCAUCUCUGCAUCUCGCCAAGGAGCAGAUCAAGUCCGGGAAGCUGAGCCCGUCCACGGGCGUCAAACAAGUUGUCAAAAAUCUGAAUGAACGAUAUAAAUUCUGCAUCACCAUGUGCAAGAAACUUACAGAGAAGCUGAAUCGCUUUUUCUCUGACAAACAGAGGUUUAUCGAUGAAAUCAACAGCGUAACCGCAGAGAAACUCAUCUAUAAUUGUGCUGUAGAGAUGGUCCGGGCUGCGGCCCUGGACGAGAUGUUUCAGCGGACAGAGGACAUCGCCCGUCGCUAUCACAGGGCAGCGCUGCUCCUCGAGGGCCUGGCCAAGAUUCUGCAGGACCCGGCGGACAUUGAAAACGUGCACAAAUAUAAAUCCAGCAUCGAGAGAAGACUCUCCGCCCUCUGUUGUAGCAGCUCAACCACACGCAGAAGUGAGAUGACCCCACAGGGCUCUCAGUGCGAACUUGGCAAAUAAAGGUUCCGCAGCCCUGGCUCAGCAGCGCAGGUAUUUUCCAGGAGAGCUCGGAAGGAUGCCCGCCGCCGGUGGCUCUGCCCAUCCGCCAGAGCAGAGUGCCAAUCGCCCGUGUGCGCGCGGCGGCGGCGGCGGGGACUCGAAAAGCCGCGUCCCGCAGGCAGCCUGACCUUUGGGGUGAGUGUGAGCCGGAGCUCACGUCCAGGGCAGCCCAGGAAGAGGGAGCCUGAGCAGGGAGGACUGCAAGUGUCUCUCGGAAGCCGUUGCGCGGCCUUGGAGUUGAUCCAACAGGACACACAUUCGUCUUCUAAAAUCUGUCUUGUUGCACUAAUUCACUGUAACAACUGUGUAUUGGAUUUUGCGGUGGAAAACUAACCGAGGCACAAUGGACUCAUUUAAAAUAUUUUACUCGAUGAUACACACGUACCCUUUCCAGAACUCCCGCGUGACCUCUCGUGACUGCGGGUGGUAAAGACGCGUGUCCUGUGCCCCUUUGCAGUUUCUAACCCAGCCGUCCGCACGCAGAGGGUUUCUCAGUGCUGGGCCUCCGGGGCUGCGUGUCCGCUUUGGCGGGCACGUUCGGUCAUGCCUGCAGCCGGUCCUCGCCUGUGCCCCUUGGGCUGGGUGGCGGGGCCGGGUUGCCUCGGGCAGUGUGAGACCAGGCGUGCGUGCGUGCGUCCGUCUGUCUGUCCGUCCGUCCGAGGCGCGGUGCGCAAGGAACUGUAGUCCAGCCAGAACAAAGGCGGUGAUCUGGAGGCUUGUGAGUCGUGUGGCGUUAACGUGUAGUGAGUGAGUUUCCUCGUAGGAAGACGGGCGGCUGCCCCCAGCCCGUGUGUCGCGGCGUGUUGAUCCAGACGGGCCAGCGAAUAGCCCGGCAAGGAGCAGCGGGCGCUCCGCGUCCCUGCGGAAGUGGUUCCUACCUUGUCGAUUGCUGGGUUUCCUUUACUAACCUGCUUGAAUACUUGAAUAAGCCAUUCUCCAGUCUUAAUCCUUUGGGGUUAUAUAAUCUGAACUCUGAGAACCUGCACAGAAGCCCUUUGGCGUUAAUCUAACCCAGUGUCCCGAUAAAAACAUGGGUUCCCUUUACUUUGACAAAGUAAUGUAAUUUUUACCUUAUUUAUCUGUAUGGGAUCUCCGCAUUUAAUUUGAACAUUUAUUUAUAUGAUGUUUGUAUUUUUAGGUCUUUAAUACAGUGUCUCUACCUCUCAUUUGUAACUGCAUGCAUUGUUCCUGAAGCUAGGUAAACUCACUGCAGUGGUGUGUCAUAGCCUUUUUCUUGUUGCCUGUACAGGUGUAUCUUGGGUAAAUAAGACUGACCAGGCGUUUCUAGGGUGAAGCUGGGUGCCCCGGGCCUCGUCAGGCCACGUCCGCACUCAGCGAGUGAGUGCCCUCUGCCCCAGGAUUUCAGGCGUGGGGACUGUCCUGCGGGCAGCCGGGGCACCGGCUGGUGGCAAGGGCUCGGCCCUCCUUGCAGGCGCGCUCUGCCUGGUCCUCGUGUGCUGUGUUUUGGGUGAUUUUUCCGCGGGUAGAGGGCAGGUUUUGCUCCCCAGUCCCUGCCCAUGUCACCUGCGUCGGUCGUCCUCGCCUUCCUGUCUGCUCUUUAAACACAGGACGUCACAGGCGCCCGGCGAGGAGGCGCUCGGCCUGACGUCAGCCCCCAGGGCCGAGGUCGGGCCCGGCUCUGAGCUCCAGGUGCAUCUGCUGCUCGUUCGAGGAAGGCCCAGGGUAGGUGGCGUGUGAAACCCGAAGUCUGAACAGCAGAGAAGAACAGACUGUGGGUUCAUGAGCAGUGGCUCUGAUUCUCCUUCCGUUGUCAAGGCCAGUUGUUUUAAGAGAUGUUGCCUUGAUUAUAGCAAUAAUAAACAAAUGCUUUAUGUUUCCACGA